CGUAUUUUCACUUCCUGGUUUUGACACAAUCAAGAAAUUGGUUGUCAAAAAUUAACAAAAUGCAAGCUCAAUGGAAAAGUUUCAUGUUUAUAAGUAUUAAAUAAGCGCUUCUACCUUCAAAUGAAAUGAUAACCUCAUAAUUACUUUAAAUACUAUACAAGUACAAGUUCUGCUACAAGAUGGAUUUCUCCAGUAUUGACUGUGCUGAGAAAGUUGUCCUUCAGCAAGGAUAUCUCAAAAAGGUGCCCAACAAAAACAAGUUUGGUGUGUCAUUCAAGAAGUGGGAGAGGAGAUGGUUUGUUUUCUGUUCAGUGAAUGGCUCACCAUGUCUUGAGUAUCAUGAAAGUGAAGACUCCUACUUAAAGAGGGAGCCACCUAUCAAUAUCAUCUGGUUAGCAACCACCCAGUAUGUGAUCCAGGCAAUGGCAGAUGAGAAACAUGAGAACAUGUUUACUAUCGGGAUGACUGAUCGUCUCCUGAAUCUCAUUGCCCCAACAAGAGACGUAAUGGAAUCAUGGCUCAGUACAUUGGAAAUACAUUUAGAAAGACUUGGUAUAAUUGAAACUGCUGAAGAUCGGUAUUCUGCCUUUCCUGGGGCGCCAGCUCGAGCAACUGUAGAUGACACUCCUGCUGAUUUUCGGAAAGCAUCUGACUCGCAGAAACUUACAUCCUUCCAUAAACCCACAGAAGACGUGAUUGAUCUAAAAAAGACAUCAGUCAAUCAGCCUACGCAUGUUGCUUUACCAGACGAGACUGGAAGUUCAGGUGAUGGAGCAUCUGGGGGAGAGAUUAGACAAGAAUUUGAAGACCUUGUUGAGGCUAAGGCCAAAGCCAAAAGAGAUUUUGAAGUCAUUGAGUCUCAGAGGAGAGCUUUGGAAGGAGGAUUUGGUGACACUGCUGAAGCUAAAGCCAAAGCUAAACAGGAAUUUGAAGCUGAAGAAAAAAGGACCUUGGAUGAAUUUGCCGACAUUGCUGAAGCCAGAGCUGCUGAGGCAAAGAGGGGAUUGUCGGAUGGAUUUGAGGAUGUGACUGCUGUCAAGGCUGUAGCACAAGCAAGGACUGUCUCUGAAUGUAGCUCAGGAAGUGAUCAAGUGUUUGAAGAUAUUGAUGCUGCGAAAAGACAAGCACAGGCUCGAAUGGCUUCUCUAGGGUCAGAUCAAAGUGAUAGUUUUCCGCCUCUGCCACCACCCAGAACAUUAUCUGUACCCAUUCCUGCCCCAAGAUCAUCACUUCAGAACUCCACAGUUGCACGUCCGCUGGGAUCCAGAAAGGAAUCCAUUGAUGAAAUUGAUCUGAUCAAAGCUCAGAACAAGAGGAACGAGGCCCAGCAGCAUGUGCAGAUGGGUGGCUCUCCCAUGCGAGAUCCACGAUCCCCACUUCCACCACUCCCACCACUCCCACCACUUCCUGAUGAGGAUUUAAAAAAGACAAAAUCUGCUUUAGAGCCACCAGAGAAACCUGGUGCGGCGAACUGUGAGAAGUCACCAAGGAGCAGACGGCACUUGGAACAACAAUUGGCUGGUACUUAUGGUCGAGCUGAGGAGAAUUUGUACGAGCCUCCAAGGCCUGGAGGAUUACCGCCCGACUUCCCCAGCAAACCUCCUCCACCCCCACCUACUCAUCCUGGUAUGCGACGCCAUUCGUCAGGGCAAGGUCCUAGAGACAUGUAUGGUGCUCUAUGGAAUGAUGAUUUACCACUUAUGCUGCCAGAUAAGAAACGAUCAACGCCAUUGAAGAGGCAGGAUUCUCGUGGUCUGAGGAUUACAAGUGAUGAAGAAACGGCCUUGAUUCGUCGAGGUGCAAGCAGUACAUCAGAACCACCGCCUUUACCCAAGGGUCGACCCAGUGGUCCACCACCUUUGAGGUCCAAUUCCCUUACUAUUUCCCCGCUUCAAGCUGCUGGUACUUUUGAUCCAGAUGCUAUUAAAAAUCUAAUGGAGUCAACCAGCGAGUACAAUAGGUCCCUCAUGGAGCAAGCACGUGAGAAGGGUUUAAACCCUGCACAGCCUCAGUCAAAUCCUGCAUCGGGUAGUAUGCUGCGACAGCAUUCAGUGAAGGGGAUUAUGAUGUCACCAGCCACAGCAAUCGGUCUGAAGGAACGUGAAGUUGAUCAACUCCGUCAGGAGAUUAAUCAUCCAGGGGGCGUAAAAACGCACUUACGCAGGAAAGAUUGUUAUCAGACCUUGGCUCUCAUAGAUUUCUUGGAUGCCGUUUGGGUUGUAGGCUGGAACCAAAAAGCCAGUCCAUUCCUUCACAAUGCAUUCCACAUCGGAGAUCGUAUUGUUUCAAUCAAUGGGUUCGACGUGGUUGAUGCUGAAUAUGCCCAGAGACUAAUACGACACAGUUCGGAUGAUGAACGGGUGGAAUUCGUUGUGCGUAGGACGCCAUAUGCCAGUGUUUAUGCCAUAAAGAGGUCAGCUGAGGGUGAGAGCCUGGGGUUCAAACGGGAAGGUGGAACUGCUGUGAUUUAUCAAGUGAACAACGAUGGUCUUGCAGCACGUCAUGGUCUUCCGAUGCAGGCAUGUAGUUUGGAUGGCAGAUCACCAUGUCAUUGGGUGCUAACAGAGGUCAACAAUCGACCUCUCAACUUAUUCUUCAAGGAUAAGGAGAUUGAGCACCGCCUGAAUGCAGUUGGUAAGGAUAUCUCAAUCAUGGUGCAGCCCUAUGACUUCAUACACACUAUCAAGAAGCUCCUGAAGAAAGUGAAAGGAUACAAGGACUUCAUUGUGCAAUAGGAAAAGGAGAUUAUUGAUUUGUAUUGUGGAACAACAUUAAACCUUGAACAAGGCCUUGUGUCACCUGCGACUCAGGUUGUUUGGACAAAUGAUUAUGUGGCAACAUGUAUUUAAUUGUCAUAGGAGAAUCUCUGGAUGCAGCUCUGGACAGAAAGAUUGAAAAUGCCUCGCAAAUCCUGCAGUCAUUAUCUCAUGCAGCAAAAAUGACUUGUUUACUAUGGUUAUCGCAACAAGAAUUAGUGAUCCCUGCCAACUGUGAUAAAUAUGAAACACAGUGAUUACCGGUUUUCUCUGCAGGCAAGAGAUGUUUUUGUUUCACGUAUCGUCGAUUAUAAUUGCAGGCAGCAGCGUAUAUUGAGGACUGCCAAUCUCCUUAGGUUACUUUUCUAGCAUUAUAAUGGGUUUAUAUCCGUUUAUUUCAUCCAUUUAUUGCUUUGUUUCAGAAAAGAUUUGGAAAUAGGUCUGGAGAGAAAAUCAAUGCCAUAUUUGAUAUGUAUUUAUUGUCAAAAUUAUGAAUGACUGAAAGGGGAAUGAAGUAAUAGGGUGAUAUGGGUGGUAUUCAGGCCAGCAAAGUUAAAACUUGGUGCAGAAAAUUGGUGCUUGUUUUAGGAUAUUAUUUUCCUCUGUUAAGAGAUUUUUAAAGCUUUUCUCUUGCCGUGGGCGGUAUCUCAUAAUCAAAGCCACAACCUUGAGAAGAGGGAGGGUUUUAUGAUCAAGUUUGUUAAAGUUUUUUGAAAGUGUAAUAUUUUGUUGCCCGUUACUGUUGUAUUAUAAUGUAUAUUUUAACAACAACAAGUGUUGAAUAGUGUGAAUUGAAUAUGAAACACAAAAGUAACAUAUGUAAGCGUGUCUCUGGCGGCCAGUUCAGGAGACAAGGCUCUUGUAACUAACACAUGUCAUCGGAAGAAAUUAUCAUCUAUUUCUCCUCUUAAUACAUUGUACACGUAUUUAAAUUACUACUUGUUAAUAAUCCAGAAAUGUAAUUAAAACUGUGUGUUUGAUGUUUGGGACCUUUCAUAUUUUCUGAUUCAAAAGAAAAUUGCUCAAUUAGAUUUGGUUGUCGGACCACAAAUCUUUGAAUAUUGAUUUGACAAGUGUUUCUUUGCGAGUCUGUUGAUUCUAUGUAAAGUCAUUCCUGAAAUCUGAACCUCCCCCCCCCACGUUCGCACACUCGUGUGUUUUACACUUUCAGGCACUUGUCUCAAAAAACCGUUGUGAAGUAUUUGAGAUGUUUUGUAACUGCUGUGGCCAGUAAAUAAUUUGUUAUCUCAAAUAUCACUGCUGUUUUACUGCCACUGUUCCUCAGAUACACCACAAUGACAAUCAAUACUUUAAUUGUGACAUUUAUAUACACAGGUUGCCUUCAAGUUUUGCUAUAUGUUUAAUACAAUCAUUGUGAACUACAUGUUGAUUAGAUGUUUUAAACAUUCUUAGCUGGCUCACAUUUACUUCUUGAUGUGAUGUAGAUAUGGAAGUGUGAUAAUUGUCAUUGCAUGGAGGAAGAAUUUCAUCUCUGUUAUACAUGUAUCCAAGUGAUCAACUACUUCAUUACUGUUCCAUCUCGGUUGACACUCACUCUACACUAACUUGUACCUUCACUAGUGAAAUAGUAGUAGAAGAGAAUAUGAGGUUGAAUGCUAUAGGCUGUCCUGGCCUUGAAGAGUAUUCAUAACAAACAUUAUAAAGGCCUCAUUCCAUCCUCAUCAGUCCUACAUGUGUCUCUCCCACUAGGACUUGUGGUUGUAUGUACUUUAUACUUUAACUUGAUAAACUUGAUGCGAUUCCCUUUGCUUCCAACAUUCUUAGGCUGAAUUUACAUAAAAUUUGUACCUCAUAA